AUGGCAAGGCCUCCACUUUUUUUAGGUACUCUGACGUUCUUCAGUGCUGUUUUUGCUGUCUGGUGCUCUUUCCAACCAGCUUUGGUCCUGGAUAUGGCAAAGAUACUGCUGGACAACUACUGCUUCCCAGAGAAUCUGGUUGGCAUGCAGGAGGCAAUACAGCAAGCAAUCAACAGUGGUGAAAUCCUCCGGAUAUCAGAUCCAAAAACGCUGUCAGCCGUCCUGACCGCCGGUGUGCAGGGCGCACUGAACGACCCCCGCCUGACUGUUUCCUACGAGCCCAACGCUGCCCCUGCGAAGCCGCCUGGCCGCCCCCGCCUGUCUCCUGAGCGCCUGAUUAAAAUGGUCAAAAAUUCGGUCAAGUUCGAGGUGCUGGAGAACAACAUUGGUUACCUGAGGAUGGACCGCAUAAUGGGAAAGGAAGUGACUGAGAAGAUUGGAUCCUUUCUCUUCGAGUACAUCUGGAACCGGGUCUCACCGACCUCUGCGCUGAUUUUUGACCUCCGCUAUGCUACUUCUGGGGAAAUAUUGGGCAUCCCUUACAUAGUGUCCUAUUUCUCCAAUGCCACGCCACCCAUUCACAUUGAGUCGGUGUAUGAUCGACCCAGCAACAGCACAAAGGAGCUGUGGACUUUACCAGCAUUUCCUGGUAAGAGGUAUGGGACUCUCAAAGAUCUGAUCAUUUUAGUGAGCAAGCGCACUAUGGGUGCUGCUGAGAGCAUUGCCUACACCUUGAAGCACCUGCAUCGAGCUAUUGUCGUGGGGGAGAGAUCUGCUGGGGGAUCUGUCAGUAUUGAGAAGCUGAGGAUCGGGGAGUCUAAGUUUUAUAUCACAGUCCCUGUCGCCAGAUCCAUCAACCCUAUCACAGGACAAAGCUGGGAGGUGAGUGGAGUGUCGCCCUCUGUGACUGUCAAUCCCAAGGACGCGGUUGAAAAAGCCAAGUCCAUAAUCAGGGUCAGAGGUGCCAUCCCAAAGGCCGUCCAGAGCAUCUCGGAUAUAAUUAGCCAGUUCUACUCAUUCACAGACAGGGUCCCAGCUCUACUUCAGCAGUUUUCAUCUGCUGACUUCUUUUCUGCAAUCUCAGAAGAGGACCUGGCAGCCAAGCUGAACUAUGAACUCCAGUCUUUAACCGAGGACCCCCGCUUGAUUGUCAAAAUAAAGUCAGACCCCUCCACCGUCACCGAAGACUUUGAUGAGCUGGCCCAGCUGCCUGGGAGCCCAGCGUUGCAAGGGAGUGAAGCUUCGGCAGAGGCUUUCAGGGCAAGUGUUUUGCCCAGAAACACAGGUUACCUCCGGUUUGACGACUUUGGCGAAGUGUCCAAUUUGGUGUUGUCGCAGCCACAGGUGGUCAGGAAGGCCCUGGACUCCAUCAAAGGCACAGAAAACCUUGUCCUGGACCUCCGCUCCAACCCCGGAGGACCUUCAGAGGUGGUGCCUCUACUGUUGUCCUACCUCCAUGACCCGUCUCCCACAAUACACUUCUAUACAAUUUACAGCCGGGUGGGCAACACUACGACUGAAUUCCAUUCGCUGCCCAGCACCCUGGGCCCACCCUAUGGAUCGAAGCGAGGGGUCUAUGUCCUGACGAGCCACUACACCGCCACAGCUGCUGAGGAGUUUGCCUACCUUAUGCAGUCACUGAACAGGGCAACUGUCAUAGGGGAGAUCACGUCCGGUACGCUGCUGCACUCCAAAUCUUUUCAGGUGGAAGGCACGGACAUCUUCAUCACUGUCCCCAUCAUAAACCUCAUUGACAACAAUGGGGAGUGCUGGCUUGGAGGGGGUGUCGUCCCAGACGCUAUCGUGCUGGCGGAGGAAGCACUGGACAAAGCAUUUGAAAUCAUCGCUUUCCAUCCAGAGGUUCACUCCUUGGUAGAGGGCACAGGAGAGCUUGUGGAAAGCCACUAUGCCAUCAUGGAAGUUGCUGCAAAGGUGCCGAAGGUCCUGAGGUCCAAAUGGGUGGAAGGUCUGUAUAGAUCUGUUGUUGACUACGAGUCCCUGGCCUCCGAGCUGACCACGGACCUGCAUGACAUAUCAGGAGAUCACCGCUUGCAUGUGUUCUACAGCGACAUAGAGCCGGACACGUUCGAAGAGGUGCCAAAAAUUCCUACUGCUGAGGAACUUGGGUAUAUCAUCAAUGACCUCUUCAAGACUGAGGUCCUUCCUGGCAACAUGGGCUACCUGAGGUAUGACAUGAUGGCAGAUGUGGAAACGGUGAGGGCCCUUGGCCCUCAGCUUGUAAAGCUUGUCUGGAGCAAGCUGGUGAACACCGACGCGUUGAUAAUCGACAUGAGGUACAACACAGGGGGCUACUCCACCUCCAUCCCACUGCUCUGCUCCUACUUCUUUGAAGCAGAGCCUCCACGCCACCUCUACACCGUAUUCGACCGCUCCACAGCAACCAUGACCAAGGUUAUGACUCUUCCAAAGGUUCUGGGGAGGCGAUACAGCUCACGGAAAGGAGUUUACAUUCUCACGAGUCACAUGACAGGAUCGGCGGCAGAGGUUUUCACCAGGGCAAUGAAAGACCUGAACAGGACCACAGUCAUUGGGGAGCCCACUAUUGGGGGGUCCCUCUCCAGUGGCACAUACCAAAUUGGGAACAGCCCUCUCUAUGCCUCUGUUCCCACCCAGGCAGUCCUGAGUGCAGUGACUGGGAAGGUCUGGAGCAUCUCCGGUGUGGAGCCGCAUGUCACUGCCCCGGCCAACGAAGCUCUUAGCGCCGCCCAAAAAGUCAUCCGCCUCAGAGCCAAAGUCCCAUCAAUCGUCAAGGCUCUGGCAGCUUUGGUGGCUGACAACUAUGCCUUCCCUGCAAUAGGGGCAGAGGUGGCAGAGAAACUGAUAGACCUUGCCAAGAGGGGCCACUACAGCAUGGUCAGUUCUGAAGCCGAGCUGGGGGCCAAACUCUGUGUUGACCUCGGAGAGCUUUCCAAGGAUAAGAAUGUAAGGAUGGCUUACAUUCCAGAGCCCUCCAAGGCCAAUGUUGGAGGGACCUUCCACAAGCAGAUUCCACCCCCAGAGGCAUUGGCUGAACUCAUCAAGGUUUCCUUCCACACAGAUGUGUUUGAGAACAACGUUGGGUACCUUCGCUUUGAUUCGUUUGGCGAUUUUGAAGUCACUGCUAAAGUUGCAGAGCUACUGGCAGAGCAUGUAUGGAACAAAAUCAAGGAUACUGAGGCUUUGAUUCUCGAUCUAAGGUACAAUGUGGGUGGAUCCACUGCAUCUGUCCCUGGCUUGUGCUCCUAUUUCUUUUAUGCAAAUCAGAAAAUCCUCCUGGACAAACUAUACAACAGAUCCUCUGAUACCACUAUGGAAAUGUGGACCUCGUCAGAACUUAUGGGGGAGCGGUAUGGGGCGGAAAAGAAAGUGAUCGUCCUGACAAGUGCUGCCACGGCCGGCGCCGCUGAGGAGUUCGCCCACGUCCUGAAGAAGCACGGCAGGGCCACGGUCAUUGGCCGAGCGACGAGCGGCGGCUCCCAGCCCCCCACAACCUUCCAGGUGGACGGCACCGACCUGUACCUGAGCCUCCCUGUCACCCGCUCCGACACCCCCUCCUGGGAGGGCGUGGGGGUCUUCCCCCACAUCCCCGUGCCCACAGACGAUGCCCUGAACAAAGCGAAGGAGAUCCUGAACAAGCACCUCAGGGGCGGAGAGUGA